AGGCCCUGAACCAUAGCUUUCAAUUCUGGUAAUGGUGAUUUCUCUAUUUUCAAAAAUUUUCAAAAUUUUUUUUUUUUUCUUCUACUAUUAUACUGCUACCAUUAUAUCCCACUCCUCUUUGCUGUGGGAAAUGAAUUAUUUGCCACAACCACAAAACAACAUAGUGAAGCUUGACAUUGUAUAGUUCUCUGCCAUUUUUUUUUUCUGGGCUUUUCUAGUUCAUACCAGGAAAUUCAGCACUAGUUUUAAGCACCUACUAGAUGGCUUUUCUCUGAUAGCUCUUUCAAUGCUUGGUGGGGUUCUGGGUUUCUUUCUUGUCUUGGAAUUUUCAGUGGCAUAAUCUCAGGUUAAUAUGAAAAAAAAAGGGUUAGUUUGACAUCAGAAGAAGAAUUGGAUUGCUUAAAGCAACCAUCAAUCAUAGGCAAUACAUAGGAUUCUUGAAGACAGCCCUUCACCGAAGAAAGCCCAGAUGGUAACCUCAGAGUCUAAUUUAAAAACAAGAGAACUCCAUAAGGCAAGAAGGGAAAUAGAUAGAUACAAAGAGGGUAGCAAAAUCUCAGACUCUAUGGAAGCCCAAGCCGGAUCUGUGCUCGCCAAUGCAAAGAAGACAAUGAUAGAUUUAUCUUCACAGAUAGGAGAAUCAAAAUCAAAGACAAGAGUGCAGAAGGAGGAGAUUGAAAUGCUAAAGGAAUCAAGAAGGUAUGGAAAACGGACACUUAAUGUGGGGAGUGUGGAGAAUUCUCAAUAUGCAGAAGUUAUGAGGGAAUUAGAAACUGUGAAACAGAAGUUAAGCAUGCUUAGGCUUGAUAUGGCUGCUGUUUCAGAAGAGAAAUCACGGGAAGAGAUGCGAACUGAGGCCUUGGGUUCGAAAAUUUUAUCUAAUUUGAGCACUGUGAAAGCAAUCAAGCAGGAGAUUGAGAAGAUAAAUGAAGAGCAUGUGUUAGUAGAGUUGGCUCGGAUUGAGGCUUUAAAAGAAUACGGAGAUAUUGAAGCUCAGAGAAAAAAAGAAGCCCAUCAAUUCUCAUGUGAAAUUGAAAAAACCAGAAACAAAGUAAAAGACAUAAUGGAAAUGAUUGACCAAUCUAAAGAGCUUGAAUCCAAACUGGCUGCCACAUUGUCUGAUGUUGAUGUGAUAGAGAAUGAACUCAGGCUAGUUAAAGAAAUGGACAAGAAAGUUCGGAGAAGUGAAAGCUCGAGGCAUUUGGAUUCAAGUUUUCAUGGAGAACAGGACUUGGAUGCUUCUAUUUUGUUACAAUCAAUCACUAAAGAGUUGGAGGAGGCAAAGAAAGAUUUGGCUUCAGUAAGAAAAGAAGGUUUUCAGUACAUGACCUCCAUGGAUAUCAUAAGAAAUGAGAUGAAGCAUGUUAAGGCUGAAAUGAGUCAGUUGAAGAAAAUGGCAGAGAAGUCUGAUUUAACUGUAAAAAAUCUUAAUUCAAAGCUUCUCAGAGCAAAAUCCAAGUUGGGAGUUGUAUCUGCUGCUGAGGAGAAGGCCAAAUCGAUAGUAUCCAAUCUAUCUCUUACCCUCGAACAGCUCAAGAAAGAAGCACAAGUUUCAAAGAAGGAAAAAGAGCUUAUAGUUAGAGAGACCGCAACCAUGAAGGAAGAAAUCCAGAACACUGAAUCUAAGGUAGACUUAACGGAAGAGCAAUUACAGGCCACCAUGCAAGAGCUUCAAGCAGCCAAAUUAGGGGAAGCUUUAGCUUUCGAAAAACUGAAGUCUCUUACCGAGAACACCAUGAGAGCAAGAGCCUGUGCACCUAAGAAUAAUUCCUCAAUUACCAUCUCAAAGUUUGAAUACGAGUAUUUGAUUGGACAUGCUGUUGGGGCUAAAGAAAUUGCUGAUAAAAAAGUUGCAGCUGCUCAGGCAUGGUUUGAAGCUAUCAAGGCCAGUGAGAAGGAAAAUCUGAUUAAGAUAGAUUUAGCACAGAGAGAAAUAACAAAGAUGAGGUUGCAGGAAGAACAAGAGGUGUAUAAAAUAGAGAGGUCGGUUUCUGCAAAACGGAUGGCUGAAGGAGAGUUGCAAAAAUGGAAACAGAAGCGGGAGAAAAAUGCAGCGCCUGGAAACUUGCAACUAUCUUUUCCUAGAAAAUCCAUGAAAGGUAAUGCAAAUUCAACUCCAUCAUGGAAAAGCAAUAGCAACUUGACUCCAUCAAGGAAAGGAAAUGGCAACUUGACUCCAUCAAGUAAAAUGAGUGGCAAUUUGACUCCAUCUGGGAGAGCCAAGUUUCGAAAAUCUGCCUCGCCUGCAGGUCGACGUAUCACCAUUAAGAAGAGAACAAAGGUUAUGCUGAAUCUGACCAAGUUAUUUAGCGGUAAGAAAAAUGACAAAGAUAGUUGAGCUGCAAGAACUCUGUCACUUUCUCUUGGCCAAGGGAAUCUAGUCCGUUAAAGGACUAAACAAACAAUUAUUAAUUUUUUGUGCUGGAGUUGACAACUCAAAAACUUUUCUUUAGAAAUUGCUCGUCAAUGAAAUUUUCCACAAGAACAAUGAGACUCUAGAUUGAGCGUUUGAGAAAUCAAUGUAGAAAAAAACUGUGUAACUUAGUGAGGCAUUAUUUUACAUGAUUACAUUUUAAAACAUUUUUCAGGCUUUAAGAAUGGUCUGGUGGCUAUGCAUGUUGAUGCAAAGUACUUCCUGGGUGUAAUUUCUAGUAUAUUCGUAUAUUAUAUCUUAAUAUUCUAACUUCCAGUA